AGCUUGAGCAAAAACACAUACAAUUAUCAGAAUGUCCUAGUUUUGCUGCCUCACUAGCAUUAGGGGUUGAGUUAGCUAUCAUCAUAUGAUCAACAAAAGAAGGAAGAAUGGGAUUUCAGCAAAAGCUCUUUCAAGCAAGUUUAGUUAUAACCAUGUUUCUCAUUGUUAGUGCAUCCCAACAGCACAAGAAAGCUAAAGGCAUUCACUCACGCAAUAAAGACCACCACACUAAGAUAAAUCCUAGGCUUCACUUUGAAAUCACAUUACACGGGUUUCUUCUGUGGGCUUCACUGGCGUUCUUGAUGCCUGUUGGUGUACUAGUAAUUAGAUUGUCUAGCGGCGAUGGGAAUCGAAGAAGGCUCAGAAUUAUUUUCUAUGCUCAUGCAGUUUUGCAGAAGCUUGCUGUACUUCUUGCCACGGUUGGAGCAAUCAUGUCCAUAAAAAAUUUCAACCUCUCCUUCAACAAUAAUCAUCAAAGAGUAGGGGUGGCAUUAUAUGGAAUUAUCUGGCUUCAAGUUCUAGUUGGUAUUUUUCGACCACAAAGGGGAUCCAAAAGAAGAAGACUGUGGUUUUUUGCACACUGGAUAAUUGGAACUGCAGUGUCAAUAAUGAGUGUCCUGAACAUAUAUAGUGGUUUACAAGCCUACCAUGAAAAAACAUCAAAAAGCAUCAGAACUUGGAAAAUACUUUUCACUUUUCAGAUAUCUUUGAUUGUGAUGUUUUACCUUCUUCAAGAAAAAUUGGUCUACAUACAAAACCAAGGAGUGACUUUGGGCAAUAAAUUACUUCCUUCCACUUGUGAAGAAAUUUCUUUAGAUGACAAGGAGAAGGCAUUGAAGAAUGAAGGCUGAUUCUUGUUAAUGAAGAAGAAUCAAUGCCACUCCAUUAUUGACCCUCACUUCUAUAAAGAAUAUAGGUGUUUGAUACACACAUACACAUGAGUACUGAUGGAUGUGAAUUUGUUCCUUGAGAUAAAAUAUGUGUCUGUGAAGUUUCUUUUUUGCAUUUUUUCAGAGAAGGUUCACUCAUUGAGAGAUUGUUAUUUCUUUCCAUGCGAUAGUUUGUUGUGUUAUCCUAGCAGGGAGUUCUGAACAUUGAAUAUGUUAAAGGCCCAAACAACAAUACAAACUUCAAUUGAUUUUAAUAUUGAAUAGACACUGGAAUAUUGUGCAUGUUUGGAAAUCUAUCUCCUAUUGAUUCUAAAGCCAAAAUAAUUCUGAGAGAAACUUUUUUGAGUAGCUUCUGUGUGACAGAAUUGAUUCAAGA